AACACCAUGUACUACAAGAUAGUUGUGAGAUUACUUGUCAUUGCAUUAUAUACAGACGUGGUUAUAUUAUGUUCAGACAACUGCACCUGUUUCACAAGUUGGCCAUACAUUGGACAAGUUACAGUAAAUUGCAGUUCUAAAGGAUUGACUGCGAUCCCAAUCAACUUCCAAAGUGACUCAUACUUUAUAAAUAUGGUUGACGACUCCAUUUCUACAAUCGAAGACGGAUCAUUUCAAAAUAAAACAUUAUCAUAUUAUGUAGGUCUGAGUGCAAGUUCCAAGAAAGACACAUUUGCAAAUAACAUCGACAUGAUUAGCGUAGCCAAUCUAUAUCUUCAAUCGUCCUGUGAUUGUAACGUUCCCUUUUGGUCCUGGCUGAAAUCAAAAGCGUUUACUAUUGAAAGUGUAUCCUGUUAUGAUCUGAAUAAUGUUCAACUGUCAAGUCUUCAAGGAAGCGAUGUUGAUAAUUGUUUCUACAAUACCUGUCAUCCUGAUUACUGUUUAAAUGGAGGAUAUUGUAGUCAAGACAAUAAUAGCGAUUUAAUAUGCUCGUGUGUCGGUGAAUGGAGCGAUGCUUUAUGUACAGGUAUGAACAUGGCUGUGAAUAUUGUGGUUACGUGUACAUAA